AUGCGUUUCAGCCACGACCCAGCAGCUUUCCAGCUUUGCGCAAGCAGCUCCAUGUUCGAGGGCGAAGACCUGGAGCAGGUCACCGACAUGCGCUGCCCGAGCUCGGGCCCGUCCAGCCCGCUGUCCGUGAACUCGGACUCCAGCUGCAACAGCCCUGAAGCCAAGUCUGGCUCGACGCAGAAGAGGGUCAGGAGGCCCUUGAACGCCUUCAUCAUCUGGACCAAAGAGGAGCGCAGGAGGCUGGCGCAGCUCAACCCAGACCUGGAGAACACGGACCUGAGCAAAAUACUUGGAAAGACCUGGAAGGCCAUGUCCUUGGCUGAGAAGCGUCCCUACAUGCAGGAGGCUGAGCGUCUGAGGGUCCAGCACACCAUCGAUUAUCCCAACUACAAGUACAGACCCCGCAGGAGGAAGCAGCUGAAGAAGAGCUCCAAACCACAGACCACAGAUGCUUCUCUCCCCUUACUUUGCGGCUCCGGCCUCACAGCGCCCUACAACCUCACCUACCUGCUCCAGAACCAGCAGCAGACCUUCCUGAACACGCCGGCCUUCCCAGCUAACUUCACCCCUCUGCACAGCAGCUACCAAAACUCUCCAGUUUUUCCAGACACAGCAGCGGCAGCAGCAGCAGAAGGCUUCUCAAAUCCGCCUGCAUACCCUGCAGAGCACCAGCUGUAUUUUGGCAGUCAGCACGGGCACAUGCAGUACGGUUUCUCCGCAGGGCCUCAUGUGGAGCAGGGGGAGUCCAGAUUUUCACUGAGUCCUGCUGGGCCCUCCCUGGAGUUUUACUUGGAACAGGUUCAGCUGGACAUGCUGUACGAUCUGGACCGCAGCGAGUUCGAACAGUACCUGGGUCCUCCUCAACACAGGCCUAAGUCAGUGGAUCCCAGCAGCUACCAUCAGCAGAUCAGCCACAAAGAGGGACGCUCACUGUCAUAA